CAGCCUGAAACUAUGGGUUAUUUUCAUUGCGGAAAAAAAAAAAAAAAUGAAAACACUUUCCCGAGAAAUUAAAGGAAAACGAAAGAAAAGGAAAGAAAACGAAUGAAUCAGAAUUAAAUUUAAAAAAAUAAAAUAAAAAAUUGAAAGCUUGGAGAAUAUGACAGGCUCGGAAAAUUUCGAUUCUAAAGUAAUUGCUGAAAAGAAAUCGAGAGACGGUCGUUGCAAGAGGCUCAAAAAAAAUGAAAGCUUGGAGAAUAUGACAGACUCUGAAAGUUUCGAUUCUAAAGUAAUUGCUGAAAAGAAAUUGAGACACAGUCGAUGCAAGAGGCUCAGACUCCAGAAGCCAUUGAAGAAAUACUCCAUGGAGAGCUUAAAUCCACGAGAAAUUGGUUACCGAUUCGAAGAUUGUUCUCAUAAAAGGAGAAUGAAUGGCAUCGCCGAGUUAACUCCGUGCGAGGUCGCUCUGACUUCCUCCCGAGACGCGAAAUUGAAUUCCGACACUUCAUUCUCGGAAUCUUCAUCGUCGGAAUCAUCGGAACGUUCUUCCGACGAGAGAGGAAGGCCGAUCGAUAUACUGGUCUCCGAUGGCAAGGAGGAGGAUAGAAGGAGCUCAGCGUGCGUAUCGCACGGCUUCAUAUCAGUGAUCGGACGGCGGAGAGCGAUGGAAGACGCAGUGGCGGUGGCGAAGAUGGAUCCGUACAAUUUCUUCGCGGUUUACGAUGGUCACGGAGGAUUCGAGGUUGCGAAUGCGUGCCGUGAUCGGCUGCACGAGCUCCUGGAGAAGGAGGUGGAGGAAUGGAGAUGUGGCGGCGGGGGCGGUGGAGGGGAAAUAGUGGACUGGGAGAAGGUGAUGACGGAGUCGUUUUCGAAGAUGGACGAGGAGGUCGAUGGAGGUGAGGUGGAGCCGGAAAUCGGCGAGUCCGUUUCAAUGAACACGAUUGGGUCAACGGCAACUGUGGUGGUUGUGGGGAAGAAGGAGAUCGUGGUGGCGAACUGCGGCGAUUCCAGAGCGGUGUUGUGGCGGGGUAGUGCUGCCGUGCCACUGUCACGCGACCACAAGCCUGACCGACCAGACGAGCUAGAGAGGGUGGAAGCCGCCGGAGGAAGGGUUAUAAACUGGAAUGGUUGCCGUGUUUUAGGAGUACUUGCUACUUCAAGAUCAAUUGGAGAUCAUUAUUUGAAGCCUUAUGUGAUCUGUGAACCCGAGGUUACUAUCUCCAAGCGGACCGACUCGGAUGCCUUCAUUGUGAUUGCAACAGAUGGUCUAUGGGAUGUUGUAACUAACGAGUUUGCAUGUGAGGUUGUUAGAAGAUGCCUUGAUGGCCAAAUCAAGAGAAGGUUUUCAGAGGGGUCGAGUGCAAAUGCUGCUGCGGAGGCAGCAGCUUUGCUUGCCGAGCUGGCAUUGGCCCGCGGAAGCAAAGACAACAUCAGUGUCAUAGUUGUGCGGCUGAACAAGUAGAGUAGCAGCUGCAUUAGUCCAUUAUCAUCCUACAAUUAGUCUUUUUCUUUUUUCCCAUUUGGCCCCUUUUGCUUAUCGGCUCGUGCUUUUGAGAGUUGAUCAAUGAAUGUAAAGAAAAUUUUGAUCCAAGUUUGCGUGAUUUCCAACUAAUAGUUGCCUUCUGUAGUGCCUCAUCAAAUUGAAAGAAUUCUGUUGGUUCGACUGCUAAGUUAAUUCAGUUAAACAAUCAAAAAAGAGAGAACUAUUUUUGA